GCUUUCGGAUUUACAAAGAAAACUGAACAGACAGAGAUCGCAACAAGUCUGAUCGCAACUAAAAGCAGACACAGGAAGGAGACAUCUGAACGCAUGUCAACGAAAUGCAGAUAUCAGGCAUUUCCUUCAUCAUCCUACUGAUUCCAAUCAGUACAGCAUAUGAGAUAAAAUGCGAGGGUGAUUCCAUUGAGCUGUCCUGCCUGGAAUCAAGCAUCAAGGACAAAGUAAACGCACUUUGGAAAAAGAGUUCGGGUGAAAGGGUUAUCUGGAACUAUUACGGAGACAGCAACAAAGGAGACUCUUUCACAAACAGGACCGUAAAGCUGAAUGAUGAUUUCUCCCUUUCCAUUGAUGGAUGUGCUCAGUCAGACCAAGGAAUAUAUAUUCUCUGCAUUAAUGGAGAACCAAGAUGUGAGAUUAAACUGCUUGUCAAAGCCUCAAAACAAUGCAAUAAACCAAAAACAACCACAGCACAAUCAACAAGCCCUACAACUCAUGAAAAGUCAAGACAAGAUGAUCUGCAAAAUGAAUCCAGUCUGCCUAAAAUUAGCAUCACGGGUGUUUGUGUCGCAACCUGUUUGCUUUCACUUGUGGUCUUGUGGGCUGUUCUGAUAAUGAUGCUGAAUGCCCCUGCCCGUGGCAUCUGUGUCACUUCAGAUGAGCUCAACCUGGCACGUGGUGUCCGGGAGACUUCUCGCUCUGCAGGCCGGGCUCAUGGAGCUGCGUCUUCAUAA